UGCUUCAGACACCUGAGCAGGGAUUGAAGAGUUCACACAUAGGGACGGCCCCACUGUCUGUGGGUUUCCCUGUCCUGGGAAUCCAGGAAGAGGAGCUAGAGAGAGAGAGAGCAAGAGGGUGCUGAGUGCUAUUUUGCUUUAUACUUCAUUUUGAUUAACCAACAUUGUGGAACACUCCGAGAUGUUUUUCAGACUCCCAAGACUGACGCCUGGAUACAUCAGGCUGCUGCAGACCCAGGCCUACCAUAAUGUGGCCAUGAGUCCUCCAGCUGAGAAGACCAUGCCAGGCAUGGCCAUGCUGCUGGGGGCCCUGGGGAUCGGGAUGUGUGGCUACAGCUCCAGGCAGUUGGCCCUCCACCACAGGCCCUCUGCUCGGGUGCUGCAGUUAGUCGGCACACACACUGAUGCCAGCAUGGUGGGCACGGCUGCCCAUAGGAACCCAUUCCAGGAUGUUACUCGCCGGGCUGGUGCCUACCAGGAGAUCCCCCCCCCCUCCUUCGUCGGCCUGAAAGUCCCAGUGAAAUAACCUGUGCUGGCUUGGAUGAAGAUUGGCUGACAGCACGGGUUGAGUUUGAGUAACUACACUUAACACAGGUCCGAGAUUGCAGCUAUGCUGGCCCACUGAAGUGAGGCCCAUGUGCUCUCUUGUGUAGUGCAAGUGUGGAUAUUUGACCGACUUCAACCUUUCUUGUCAGGAAGUUGGAUGUCUUGUAUGACACGUAAAAAAAUAGAUCAAACGCUAACAGAUAAACACACAACAAAUAAAUGAAUAAAUUAGACACAAAUGUUAGCAGCUGCAAUGCACUAUGAGGUAUGUACAUGACUAUUAUAAAUAGUUGGAUGAGUACGCUAUAAUGCUGGAACUUCCCAAAGACUGUAGCUGAAUGUAUUGAAGGAGCUAAGAUGUUCAAUUUGGAGACAUUAUGUGUCUUUCCAAGACAUGGCGUAAAAAGGAAUUGACGCUUGGCAGUGCCCUUCUGCACACAGAUGGUUGGCAAUUCUCUGUCUCUCUGUACACCCGCUUUCCACCCCUUUCCCUGCCAGCCAUGUUCAAGUGCUCGAACAGCCCGUCUUUGCCCAUGACUUCAAUUGAUUUUCCUCUGAGGAGAAGCAGGUGCCAUUUAUCAACAAGCAUUGGCGUUUGCUGGCACAGUCUGGCUUCAACUGUCAAUCAAAUCUAUAGAAAGAAACAGAACAGCUUUGAAUCACCAGUGACUGGUUCUUUCCGUUGUUGAGUGAAGUUAUUUUCUCUUUGAGGGUGGUCAGAGCAUUGAAAGAAUAAUAGAGAUUGGCAGGACAGGUUUGUAGAAUUUAACAGUUCUUGUAACAGAAGAAUGUCAAGUAUAUUUUCCAUCCAAACCUGAGUCAUGUAAACAACUCUUCAACACCCCUUGAUAGAUUACGAAUUCAAAUUUACCGUGCUGAGUCACAGCAGGGGUCAGGCCAGCAAAGGUAAAAUGGCGAUUCCUUGUGGAUAAGCGUGUGUCCUCUGUGGAGAUUACCCCAGGUGGGAAAUCACUCCUGGCAAACAUAAUCAAACGCUUAAUCCGGUAUUAGAGACAAAGACCUGUGAGUCGUAGGCCUUCAGUCCCUGUGCAUCCUAACUUUGCACCAUUCCCCCUGCAGUGUCCACCAUUCAUCCCACUGUCAUAGAUGGAUUUAUAGAUCAUGCGAUUGGUGUUUUGUUAACACCAAAACUGUAGCCUGCAAAAAAGGGACUUGGGAUGUGGCGAGACGUUGAGUGUGGUUGAGAAUGUGUGCCGUGCCUUGAGGAUAGCACAGGGUUAUCUGUCCUGAAUAAAGAAAAGGAGCAGCAUAGAGAAUAAAAACGAGGAUCCACAAAGACCAAAUGGAAUGAGUCAGAGGUACUCUUUCAGGAAUAUUCUGAAAGUGGUGAAAAAGCAGAAUGGCGAGAAAGUUGUGUGUUUCGUCACUUAAGGGUCGGCCAGACCUCGAAAUCCUUCAUUGCUGAAGAGUUGUCUCCAUCCUUCUGCCAAAUUGGAUUGUCAGCUAGUUGUAGGAGGUUGCAAGUUGUUAGAGCCCUGAUAGUGGCCCUCCAGAAUGCUCAAGCAGUAGGUCACCAACAAAAUCAUCGUAAUCCACUCAGCAAGGGCGGCUAAUGGCUCCAACUGGCAUCAGGCACAAAGCAAUUGGUCACCCUUCUCUGGACAGAGACUGACACCGAUAAAUAAUCUCAUGAUGGGGUUGUGAUGGGCUUAGAAACAACAGGAUGCUCUGAGUCAUGGAGGAUAA